AUGGCCCUCUUCAUGCUCGCCGGCUCCGCUGAGGCACGUCUCCCUCCCGUGGCGCUCCUUUGCCCGCCGGUUGUCCACCGCCCCACCGUGUCUCGCCGCGCGAGCGAGUUUGUGAUGAUGCCCAAAUUCAUCAAGGAUCUCUUCGGCGGCGACAAACCCGAGGCGGGCGACAACCCGUUCGAGACUUUCAUCAACAUGGUGCAGGGCAAGACGGAGAAGAAGGCCGAGGAGGCCAAGGCGGCGGAGGCGCCGGCAUCAGAGGGCGAGCCCGCCGACGAGCCCGCCGCCGCCGAGUAGUGUGGUUUUGGCGGCCUUAAAUGCCACACAGCGACCUGUCCAUGCUGCCAAACGAGGCCAACAGCGGGCAGUCGUACCCCGUACCGCAGCCGUUCGAGUGCAUGCACGGCGAUCCCUGCACCCUGGCCGUGUCGAGUACCGAGUCUGCGAGGCGCACCAGCGUCCGCGGCCCAACCCCCCCAUGGAGCAUAGGCUGUGCACACUCUCCAUGGGGCCAUGUUUAGUUGUGAGAAAGGAGAAAUUUUGUGCAAGCU